AUGGCUUUAAUUUAUUCCAGUAAUAAAAAAGAUGAUGAUAUUAUUAACAUUGAAAAGGAAUAUGAGAAUUUUUUGAAAGAAUGGAACUUAAAGAAGAUGAUAAAUAGUAAAGACUUGUGUUUAGAAUUUGAUGUUUUUUUUUUUGAUUGUGAUGGAGUUUUAUGGCAUGGAAAUGAAUUAAUAGAAGGUUCUAUUGAAGUAAUAAAUUAUUUAUUGAAUGAAGGAAAAAAAGUAUAUUUUAUUACUAAUAAUUCUACAAAAUCACGAGCUAGCUUUUUAGAAAAAUUUCACAAGUUAGGUUUUACAAAUGUAAAAAGAGAACAUAUUAUAUGUACAGCAUAUGCUGUUACAAAAUAUUUAUACGAUAAAGAAGAAUAUAGAUUAAGAAAAAAAAAAAUUUAUGUUAUUGGAGAAAAAGGAAUAUGUGAUGAAUUAGAUGCAUCUAAUCUUGAUUGGUUAGGAGGUUCUAAUGAUAAUGAUAAAAAAAUUAUUUUAAAAGAUGAUUUAGAAAUUAUUGUAGAUAAAAAUAUAGGAGCAGUAGUUGUAGGUAUAGAUUUUAAUAUUAAUUAUUAUAAAAUUCAAUAUGCUCAAUUAUGUAUUAACGAAUUAAAUGCUGAAUUUAUAGCUACGAAUAAAGAUGCUACAGGUAAUUUUACAUCUAAACAAAAAUGGGCAGGUACCGGUGCAGUUGUAUCAAGUAUUGAAGCUGUGUCUUUAAAAAAACCUUUAAUUGUAGGUAAACCUAACGUAUAUAUGAUAGAAAAUGUUUUAAAAGAUUUGAAUAUUCAUCAUUCUAAAGUUGUUAUGGUUGGAGAUAGAUUAGAAACAGAUAUACAUUUUGCAAAAAAUUGUAAUAUUAAAUCAAUACUUGUUUCGACAGGUGUAACCAAUGCAAAUAUUUAUUUAAACCAUAAUAGUCUUAACAUUCACCCUGAUUAUUUUAUGAAAUCAAUAUCGGAAUUAUUAUAA